AUCAAGGUUUCAGUUUAUUUGUCUAAGAAUCGAAUGGCGGAAUCAAGUCCAGAUGAAAUGACUGAUAGUGGUGCUGUAUUAUUGAGUAAUGGAAUUAUGGGGAUUGUUCAACCAGCAGUGGAACGUCUCGACAGUCACGUUCAUGCUGCACUUGCCAGUCAAUAUACUUUAAAUAUGCAUAUCCGAGAACUGGCGCAAUAUCUGAAAGAAAUUUCGGAGGAGCAACAAGCACCAUAUGAUUUAGACUUGUAUGUGCGAAAGUUGGAUAAUUCCAAAAAACGAGUUACAGCAAUUGGGAAUGUCUUGCAAAACGUGCAUGAUCGAUUGAGCCGCUUGCAGCGUAAUAUCGCUCGUCAAGCGUACCAACAAAAACAGCGUAUCGUACAGCCAUUGCCAUCACCUCCAAAUCGUUGAAUCACUUUUUCUAUUGAAAUAACUAAUUUAUGGAAUGUACUUGAUUCCAUUAUAAGAAGUGAGGAGGUUAAUGUUUUCGGACAGUUUAGAAUGCUUCCACAAAUAUCCAAAAGUCAUAUAGUGUUACCGUAAGCAAAUACAACGUUUUGGUAGCUUUUAAGAAAAACCAUUCAGUAGAUGAUUGCUUGAUUCUGGUAUCCUAUUAGAACAUGAUUCAUGAAAAAGCAAGAGACAUGGAGAUUCGUCGUAUAGAUGUGCAGUGCGGGAAGACAGAAGUUUUGGAAUACUGGUAUUGACCCGGUCAUGGUCUUACACUUACACUCUCUUCACAAUAGUGCUGAACUUCAUUCUUCAUAGCAUAAUUAAAGUGAUUAAUUAAAGUGAUGUGAUGCCAUUAUCGAAUGAUGCCCAUUACCGUUUCACAAUGAAAUUAUUUGUGACAUCAUGUGUCAUCUUAUUGUUUCAUACCUUGUGAUGCCAUGCAUCCCGUUUGGAAACUGCUUUUCCGUAUCAACAAGGACGGGUAAUGUUAUCAGCAGAAAAACUGUUGCUUAAAAUGUGCGUUGUAGAAUUCAUUCGGUUCAGUAGUCCUCACGCACUAAAUAAUGAUGGUUUAAUUUGCGGCAUACAGUCUUUGUAUU